CAAAGCAACAUUUGACAACGGAUUAUCCUGUCAAUGCGGAGUUCAGUCAGGUUAAUAAUGCAUUCCAUGGAAAGGAGUACAAAUAUGCUUACAUUGUGAUGGAUGCACUACAUGAAAACUCAACUAUACUGAAGUUGAAUGUAGAUACAAAAGAAGAAUUGCGUUAUGACCCUGGCUUCGGACACAUGCCAUGGGAACCUAUUUUUAUCCCACGACCGGGUGCCACAGUUGAGGACGAUGGAUUAUUGUUACUAAACGGCAUCAGCGUCCCGGAUAAUACAACCUUCGUUGCAUUGGUGGAUGCAAAGACAAUGAAAGAGACUGCCAGAUUCCAUGCGCCUACCAUCAUCCCAGU